AUGACAACAAUAAAUGAAAUGAAAGAUGCUCUGAAAGAAACUCUUGAAUCAAGAGGAGUUUUAUCUCAAUUAAGAGCAAGAAUAAGAGCAGAGAUAUUUAAUGCUUUGAAUGAAGACCCAGAAGACAAACCUAAACUUUCCAUGGGUAUAUUUGGAUUUUGAAUUAGAAAAUAUGAUAAUUAAUGAUUUAAUUAGAGAAUACAUGGAAUAUAAUCAUUAUAGUUAAACUACAAGUGUUUUUAGUUCAGAAGCAGGAAUGCCUUAAGAAAUGCUUGAUAGAGGAUUCAUUACAAAAAAAUUGAAAAUUGUAGAAGAUAAUAAUUCUAAAUAAACUCCUCUAUUAUAUGGUUAAUAUAUUAUUUAAUAUUUGAAUAGGUCUUGUAUUUGGAAUGAAGAAGGUGAUAAAUAAUUAGGAAGUUCAAAAUGAACCAUAAACAGGACCAAAAUAUAGAAAUGUUUAUCCUGAAUCUGGUUAAGUAGUUGAAUCCAAUAAUGAAUUUGAGUUUUAAGGAGGAAGGAGAAAUAUUUCUGAUUAAAUAUUUAAAUGAAA